AUCUGGGGGGAGGAGGUUCUAGGCACAAAUGAUUGCUGGCUUAACUUGGAAAUGAGAAAAGUUUCCAGACCGGUUCUCACACAGCACCAAGACCUCUCCAGAGUCAGAAACUUCCAGUCUCUGUUUUGUUCCCUGCCCCAGGGAAAAUCUCCCUAUCUGAUUUCCUGUGGUGACUUAGCAAAAUCCCCACUCUGGAAAUAACUGAGGAGCAAGCGAAACUCUCAGAGGACUCCCUUCUGGCUUUCAUUUAAUGUGUGAUGACUUCUCCCGUCCUCCUCACUCCUAGGACACUGCUCCCUCUGUUUCCAAGUGCUUCAGCCCGGAAGCUGCUCCUGCUGGUGCUUUUUAUCUUUGUUUUCUGGGUGGUCUUCAUGGCUUCAAAGGACCACACAGAGUUUUUGUUUCACUUUAACAACCCCAUCACUCUGAGACGAUGGCACAUCUUCAAGGGGUUCUUCCCCCCGGAAGGGCUUCAGAACGCAUCAACCUCAUCAGCAGAGGCAGAGCUGAUGGUCCUGGAGAUCCUGGAGAAGUUAAACCAACAGAUCCCACCUAGACCCUUCACCGACCUCAGCACUACCACCAGCGCCAAAGAGAGCACCGUCACCAUCUUCAACCCCCGAGACACAUACUCUGUAGGCGACCAACUGGAUGUCCUACUGGUAGCCAAGGACUACUCUGGUCACAGGAAGGAAUAUGGUGGGGACUUCCUGAGGGCCAGGAUAUUCUCCCCAGCCCUGAAGGCAGGAGCUUCUGGAAAGGUGACAGACUUCAACAAUGGCACCUACCUGGUCAGCUUCACUCUGUUCUGGGAGGGCCCCGUCUCCCUGUCUAUUCUUCUCAUGCAUCCCAGUGAAGGGGUGUCAGCUCUCUGGAGGGCACGGAACCAAGGCUAUGAUAGGAUAAUCUUCACUGGCCAGUUUCUUAAUGGCACUGCCCCUGUCUUCACUAAAUGCGGCCUGACCUUAAACACAAAUGCUGAGCAGUGUCAGUACCUGGAUGCACGGGAUCAUGAAGCCUUCUACUGCUUGAAGCCUCCACACGUUCCCUGUGAGGCCCUGACCCAUAUGAAAACCAAUAAUAAUAAUGUCUCCUACCUCAGCCUUCAGGAACAGUUCCUUUUCCGGAGGGCCAACAUGGCGGUUGAAAUGGUGAAGAGUCUGAGCAUCACAGUCUUGCCGGGAAACAACAAGAAUGAAACAGAGAAAAAGAAAUGUCAAGUUGGAAUGAAGACUCCUUUCCCCAGUGGCUAUACUUUCAAAGGGAGUUGGAUCUCGACAUUUUGUGAACAGAAGGAGUUCAGUAACAUAAACGACAUAAAUAACUGCUUGACCAGAAAACUGAUUUACCUCAUGGGUGAUUCCACACUGCGCCAAUGGGUGUACUACUUAAGCAAAGUUGUGAAAACCCUAACAUUCUUUGAUCAUCAUGGAACCGGGACGUUUCAAACUCAUGUCCUCCUGGAUGUUAAACGACAUAUUUUGGUACAGUGGAAAAAACACGGCCAUCCCUUUGUUACUAAAAAGCUGUUCUCUGUGAAAGACGACAACUAUAUCCCACGGGAAAUCGACCAGGUGGCGGGAGACAGCCGCACAGCGAUUGUCAUUACCGUCGGCCAACACUUCAGACCCUUUCCCAUCAACAUUUUCAUUCGUAGGGCCAUCAACAUCAGGAAGGCCAUAGAGAGACUGUUCUUACGAAGCCCGGAGACCAAGGUGAUAAUUAAGACAGAGAAUAUCAGAGAAGUAAAUGAGAACGCAGAGAUAUUCAGUGACUUCCAUGGCAACAUUCAGAAUCUUAUUUUAAGGAACAUUUUCAGGGACCUCAAUGUGGGCAUUAUUGACGCUUGGGACAUGACGAUUGCAUAUGGCAGUGAGGAUGUCCAUCCAUCUACCAGCGUGGUUGAAAGUCAGGUAGCCAUGUUCUUAAACUACAUUUGCUAGAAGGUCUUAAGUACAGAAAACAUCUCUGGUCCUUCCUACGCCUCUUUCUCCAAUCUCAUAUAUACUGCAUAGACAAUGCAAUCUAACUUAUGAAGAAAUGAAUAUUGAGGAUUAUAGUUAAAGGUACAUGACAGAAAAUUUACCAUUCAAAACAACUUUAACCCUACAAUUUAGUGGUGCUAAAUGAAGUCCUAUGUCACAUUAUCAUCAUUAAAUCCAUCUUUCUUCAUCCCAAAUAGAAAUAAUUUAUUAAAUAACCACUCACCACUUGCCUUGAACCACAGCCCUGGGCAUCUACAACUAUACUUUCUGCUUCUAUAAAUGUACUGUUUUAGACAUAUCAUGUAAAUGAAACAAUAAAGUUCAUGUGGAUUUGUGUCUGGCUUUAUUACUUAGCACAAUGUUUUUAAGGCUCACCCAUGUCAUAUUUACGAGAAUGCCCUCCUUUUUAAAGAGUGAAUAUCAUGUCUUUCUAUGUAUGCACUUCACUUUGCUUUCCUGUUUAUUUCUUAAUGAACUUUUAGUUUGUUGUUGUCUGUUGGGCAUCGCAUAUCGCAAGGCUGUGAAGAGGGGAUACACACUUGAAGGCUUGCUUUCCUUAUUUUUUGAAUGCUUUUUUAUUAUUUAUGUGUAUUUGUGAGUGUGUCUGUUAGUGAAUGUCAGAUGUGUUUGGGGGUGCCUGCAGAGGUCAGAGAGGGCUUCCAAUCCUCUGGAACUGGAGUUACAGGUUGUGACUUGCUGGAUGCCGGUGCUGAGAAUCAAACUCUGGUCCUCUGAAAGAGUGGGAAGUGCUCUCAACUACUGAGUCACCCCUCCAGCCGCCGUUAUCCUUGAUUUACAAGAAUGUGCAGCCCAGAAACACAUAGCUCAACUGAUCAGAGAGAAUGUAAUGCAUAGAAGGAAAAAUUUCAGGACCACAAUAGCAGUUGUCUUGCUUAGAAAAACUUGUUAAGGUUUGAUAACCAGUGGUUGCUUGGAUUCCAUGGUGAUUUAGCAGCCAUACUCCAAAGCCUGCAUUCAGACUCCCUGAGUAAAUUAAACUGACAAUUCUGAUUCUAGCUGCCCCAGGAAGUGUGUGGGGGAGUCCCUCUAGGGACCUCAGAAGACUUCAGAAAACACAACUAUCUACUUCUCAAGACUUGGUGUAUUUUUUUUUUAUCAAGAAUAAUUCCCAAUUUGGCUUGUGUUUGUGAGUGAAAAGAAGUGAAACUAUAAUAUUGCAGCGUUAUUAUA